CGUCAUAAAUUGUCUUGGUUGGGGGGUGCGCCUGUCUAUUUGCUCGUAGCAUAUUUUCCGAUAAAAUCAUCUGAAAAUCCUUGAACCAUGCGAGGACUAUUAUUAAAUUGUGUGUAGAUUAUUUAAUUGUACCUGCAAGCAUUUUUAUAAGAACUCAGUGCUAGUGUAUAAGUGCAUUUUGCUCGGUCCUAAACGUUUUGUGACAUGAGCCAUCCUCGGGCAGACACUAUUUGCCCACCAGCUCACCUGAGGGUGAUGCUGCCGUCGACUUUGGAGAUGCCUCCGCCUUUCUUUGACAUUAACAGUGUAGCGGAGAUUCCGCCACCACAGGCGGACUUCUCCGCUCCACCUCCGUACGAUGUGGCGGCCAACUCCAAGCUGCCCACUUAUGAGGAGGUGCAGCGGGAGAAACAGAUGGAGGGGGAGGGCCCGAUGCCACAGGUGCAAGGCCCGCCGCCCCAUCACCCGACGUUCGCCGCCUUCGUGACAGUUGAACCGACUGAGGCGUCUGCAGAACAGCUCGACCCCGAGAACAGUCUGCUGGGCACUGAUAUCAUGUUCCUGACUUCGUUCUUUGUGGCAUUCCUGUUCAACUGGAUCGGUUUCCUGCUGCUGAUGUGUUUCUGCCACACGGUGGCGAGCCGCUACGGUGCAUUGGCCGGCUUCGGUCUGUCGCUGGCCAAGUGGACUCUCAUCGUGAAGCACUCCACCGAGCUCGCGUCCCACGAGAACUCUUGGCUGUGGUGGCUCAUCAUGGCCUUCGGUAUCUUAAUCUGUGUGCGCGCCAUCAUCCAAUACCUAAACAUCAAACGCGGUUGGCGCCUUCUCUCUGGCACGGCGCAAGAGCGACUGCUGUUCUUCUACUAAUCACCAUCCCUCUCGCUCUCACAGCGCUCGCCACGCUGUGCGGGAAACAGAUGGAUAUACGUCUAUUUGUUCGUGUAGCUCAUAGGGAUAGCGUUUUCUCGUCUCUAUGCUAGUGACAUGUUUGAUUGCUUUCGUUAAUCGUUACUAGUUAACGCAAUAGAUGUGACUAAGAACUUUAUUCAUACAGUUUUGACAAACAAAAUGCUAGGUCUAUUAUGGCUACAUUAUUAUUAAAAAAAUAUUUUAUUAUUGACAUUUUAUUAAUUAAUUAUUUAUUUUGUAAUUCAUUUAUGCGUUGGAUAUAGAAAUUUCAUAACAUUGUGUCAAUUGUCUUCAGAAUUCAUCGUAUAAUGUAGCCAUUUUAGUCGUAUUGGUCUAUGUUCUUAUGACAUUGACACUGAAGUAUGCGUCCUGUUUAUGAAUAAGGUGCUUUGAUACUUUGCAAUGAAGACUAUUUUUGUAUGUCAGAUUCAAGUUAUAACGUCCUUAUCCAGUGGAACGAUAUAAUGGGGCCGUUUGGCGGAAAAAAGCGCUUGUAAGCAAAAUGGCGAUCGCUAAGCGGUAAGCUCAGCUAAAAAAUGAAUUGAAACGCGUCAAUAUUGACGUCGCCCCAAGCAAACUUGGCGGCGCACUGUGGCAGACGAGGCGAAGAAGAUCGGCAAGACUUGGAGCGAGAU